AGCUGUAGGGGAACAAUAGAGAGUUUCUAAAUGGCUGUCACUGGUUUUAUGUAUAGUUGUGUUCAUUUUUUUGUGGUCCUGACUUUUGCUGGAGUUGCAUUCUCCAGGCAACAAGCUAGUGAGCUAAGCUAUGAAGUGAAGGCUGAACAAGAGGCUGACCGGAUUAUCGAGCUCCCGGGGCAGCCUCAGGUGAGUUUCAAGCAGUAUUCGGGUUAUGUUACGGUCAAUGAAAGCCAUGGAAGGGCACUGUUCUAUUGGUUUUUUGAAGCUACACAUUUUCCUGAAAAGAAGCCUGUUCUGCUUUGGCUCAAUGGAGGGCCUGGAUGUUCUUCAAUAGGUUACGGAGAAGCAGAGGAGUUGGGUCCUUUUCUCUCACAAAAAGGCAAACCAGAGCUUAAAUUCAACAACCACGCUUGGAAUAAAGCCACAAAUUUGUUGUUCCUGGAAGCUCCAGUUGGAGUUGGAUUUUCGUAUACAAACACCAGUAGUGAUCUCAACGAGCUUGGAGAUACAUUUACAGCCAACGACUCGUAUACAUUUCUAGUAAACUGGUUCAAAAGGUUCCCACAAUUCAAGUCCCACGAAUUCUACAUUUCAGGCGAGAGUUAUGCAGGUCACUAUGUUCCCCAACUUUCUGAAGUCAUAUUUGAUAAGAACAUGUAUGUCCCGAAGAACGAAUACAUAAACUUCAAGGGCUUUAUGAUUGGUAAUGCACUGAUGGACUCAGAAUCUGAUCAGAAAGGAAUGAUAGAUUAUGCCUGGGACCAUGCUGUAAUUUCUGAUCACCUUUACGAAGAAAUUAAGCUUGAAUGCAACUUCACUUUCAAGAAUCCAUCAGAUGCCUGUCAGACCGCCCUCACAAAGUAUUUAGACGUUUACAAGAUCAUAGACAUGUACAGCUUGUACGCGCCAACAUGCUCUGAUACCCAUGCCACCAGCAUUAACAAGCAAUUUCCUGCAAUCCAAGGCAUUGCCCAUCGUUUAUCCUCCAACCAAGUGAAAUUGAAAACACUUAAGAACGGAUGGAACAAGAACUCAGCAGGUUAUGAUCCUUGCUUAUCAGAGUAUACAGAAGUGUAUUUAAACAGAGCUGAUGUUCAAAAGGCACUCCAUGCUAAUGUCACAAAAAUCGCUUAUCCAUGGACUCACUGCAGACACUCAGAAUUUUGGAAAGGAGGACCGGACUCUAUGCUACCAGUGAUCCGAAAGCUUGUGAAUGGAGGCGUUCGUGCUUGGGUUUUCAGUGGAGAUACUGAUGCAAGAAUACCAGUAACAUCAACAAGAUUAAGUCUAAAAAAACUAGGACUCCAGAUUACCCGAGAUUGGACUCCUUGGUACUCCAGUCAUGAGGUUGGUGGAUGGACAGUGGAGUAUGAAGGGCUGAUGUUUGUCACAGUGAGAGGAGCUGGUCAUCAAGUUGCAACUUUCAAACCCAAACAAGCCCUCCAACUAGUCCACCAUUUCUUGACCAAUAAUAAGCUGCCAACUGCACCGUUUUAAUAUUUUAAAAAAAUGAAGCACGCCAGGAAAUUGUUUAUUAACAAGUCGAUUUCGAUUUAUAUUUACAUAAUUGAGAACUUGUUUCACAACAGAAAUUGUAACAUCACCUUGGAAAACUUUAUUGUUCACACAAGUAACACACAAGUCUCU